AUGAGUAGCGACGUAGAUAGCGACAGCCUCAAGGCUCUACAGGAAGUUAUCAGCCGCCUGAAGAACUACAAACCUCCGUCAGAUCAAUGGAAUGAAUUUGAUGUUUCGCGCCGAGCUGCAGUUUUGAUAUUACUGUUUCCAGAUUCGAAGGGAGAGCUUCGUGUCGUCUUGACGGAACGUUCGAGCAACCUGCGCACUUUCGCUGGCCAGGUAGCUUUGCCUGGAGGCAAAGCUGAUUCGCCAACGGAGACUGCUUUUGAAACUGCCCGCAGAGAAGCAUCUGAGGAGAUUGGUCUACCCUCUAGAAAUGACCUCCUCCCUUCUCCAUUUACUGUAACUCAUCUAUGCGAAAUGCCAACUAACCUGUCGAGAAACCAACUUGGCGUUCGACCUGUUGUUGCGCUAUUGCACACUAAGCCGGGGUAUUCUGGCUCCAAGGUGAAUGCUGAAGAGUUUUUAAUCCCUCGGCUUGACCCUAAGGAAGUGGCGUCGGUGUUCACGGUACCGCUGAGAGCAUUCUUGGAAUCGGAUUAUCAAAAUCCGGAGUUUGAAUUCAGUCCUGACGAGAAAAUUUCUGAAUCGACGGUUGAUAUCGACUGGGGUACUGUUCCAACGGGAAAGACAGGAUGGUACGAGGGACAGUGGCUUGAGUGGUAUGGAAUCAAGUGGAGGGGGCAUCAAUUCAAUGUUUAUACAAGCCCUGUUGUCGUGCAGAGAAGAGAUUCGACACAAGUUUUAGAAGACGAAGCCCAAGCAUACGCCACCGGGAACCUGGAAGGGGGUAGAAGAAGUGGAGGGGGCACUCAUGAUAAGAAAAUGGUUAAUUACAAAGUCUGGGGCAUGACGGCAAGGAUUGUAGUUGAUGCUGCGAGAGUAGCCUUUGGUAAGAAUCCGGAUUUUGAGUAUGUGGACAAGAUGGGAGAUGAUGAAGUGAUCAAGCUUUUACAAAAAGAAGGCAAAUUUGGGCCACGGAUUAAGGGAGUCAUUGAAGACACUGGCGCAGGUACCCGUGUGGGUAAUGGAGAAGGGAGAAAGGCUGAGAGUGGGAAACUUUAG